UAUGUAGGAGGUGCCUAUUCUUAUCUUGAUAAUAAAAUAAAUCCUUUCUGGAUUUCCUUAUCUGAAUUUCUCCCACGUGUAUAAAAAAUAUAAUCUUGUAUAUAUAAACUUAAAAAAUAAAAAAAUAGACAUUAGCACCUAAUAUGGUAACAUUUAUAGGAUUUUUAUUCAUAAUAUCUUAAUAUAUUCUUAUGAUGUUCUUUGACUUAUCUAUGUAAAAAGAAUUACCAUCUUGGGUAUUCUUAUUCGCUUCAAUUUCAGUAUUUAUAUACUAAACAUUAGAUGCUUUGGAUGGAAAAUAAGCUCGUAGAACUAAUCCUUCAUCUCCUUUAGGUUAAUUAUUUGAUCAUGGCUGUGAUUGUUUUUCGGUUCCUUUUUUUAUUUUGGGAUCUGCUUAGGCAGCAAGUAUUGAUUCAUAAAAUGUAUUUAAUUUUAAAUAUUUUUCAAUUAUAAAAGAAAAAAAAAAAAGGUUUUUUAUCUGUUGUUAACUUUAUAACUUACUAUUUUUACUUCUAAUUGGAAUGAAUAUCAUACCCAAGUUUUGGAAACUUAAUUUGGGAAUUUAGGAGUUACAGAAGGAUAAUUAAUUGUUAUUAUUGUGCAUUUUUUAACUUUUUUAAAAGGAUAAAAAUUUUGGAGUGUUCUAAUUGGAGAUUUAUUGCCUUAAACAUUUGUAAAUAUAUGGGAUUUAAAAAACUAUGCGAAUAUAAAAAUUUAUGUGCCUUUAGUUUAUUUUAUACUAGGAGUAAGCAUUACAAUAUCAAUAACUUGUAUAAUAAAUACAUUAUUAAGAAGUAAAACUAAAAGGAAAAUUGAAGCAGUAUUAUAAUGGAUACCGAUAUUAUUUUUAUUUUUUAUAGAAUAUAUGUUUUUAAAAGAAUUUAAAAAUGGUGAAUUAUAUAAAGAAUAUUCAAGUGUGAUAUUAAUUACCUUUGGAUUGGUUUGUAGUUUAAUUACAAAUAAAUUGAUUAUAUGUUCAUUAACAAAAAUGUAGUUUUCUCUUGUACAUUUUGAAAUUAUAUAUUUAUUCUUUAUAUGUUAGAUGCUUUCAUUUUUAAACAAUAAAGUAAGUACAGAUAUAAUUUUUUUUUCAUUUGUAGUUUUU